GUUAAACGUAAUUUCAUGCCAUGUAUGGCGGUACAAAGGACUUAGUAUAGAGAUAAAUGAAGCCUCUCGAAAAGGGAAUGGCUGUUCGAAUGUCACGAUAUCGUUAGCAUCGAUAUUCCAGCCAGGAAUUUGGUAAGAGGGUAAAAGGAUGGCGAAAAUGGAUCACGGUCAUUUUUUGCCACGUCGUGAGACGGUCACUCGAAUGAUUUUGAAUUGUUAGCCCAAGGUCGAAGGGGAUAUAAAAGUCGGCGAUUUUGUUGGUCGAGGGGAAAAAAAAAAGAAGAGGGCCGGGCGUGGCACUGAAAAGUACAGAAAGUAUUGCGCGUGUAUCCUACAGCGAAAGUUUUUCGACACUCGUUCGAAACACGCCCUUGUGCCCCACCUGAUUCCAACUCGUGGCUGGCCAGUAUGUCCUGCGGGGUAUAUAAGAUUUCGGCUACGAAACCAUCGACACGCAUUUGCUUCCACACAUUUCUCGAAGUAUCAACCGAUCUUCAGUCUCCAGCUCCACAAUGUUCUUCAAGAUCAUGAUCCUCGCCUGCGCUCUGGCAGUGAGCAACGCUGGCUUAUUGGCCCCGUAUGCAGGACAAUACACCUUGACAACAGGAGCGUUGACAUCGACGUCAGACAAUAUACUCCGCAGCAGUGGAAAUCUGGCUCAAAUCGCGACCCAGUCGAAGACAAUUGCGACACCUUUCUCGACUAGCAGCAAAUCCGACAUCCGUGUGACGAACCCAGCUAUCUACGCGCAGUAUGCUCAUGCUGCUCCAGUGGCGUACGCUGCUCAUGCUGCCCCAUUGGCGUACGCUGCACACGCUGCACCCCUCGCUGCCCCCAUAGCCCACUCGAACCAACUCCUCGGCGUCGCAUACUCCCCAGCCGUAGCUGUAUCCCACAUGGCCUACAGCAGCCCCAUCGGCGUCUCCUACUCCUGGUAAACGGCUCUCUCAAUGGAUCAUCGUUGCACUUCUAUCUGGACGCGACAACCUUUUGUACAACGCUGUACUUUUAAUGUAAUCUGUCUAUGAUUCUAUUUAUUAAAUACAGUAUACAACA